UCCUGGUUGGCUCAUCGGGCUGAACCCUGCUGUGCUGCUCUUCCUCGACCCCUCAACAAAAAAGAAGUCCCCUUUUCUGAGAGCUCCCACCCCAUGCCAUGUCCACCCUACCAUCACCGCCGCCGGCGAGACCCACGCCGCCCGCUCAAACCACCAUCAGCGCUCUCUGCGACGACCUGCUCCGCAAGAUCUUCGCCCGCCUCCCCGACCUCCCGAACCUCGCCCGCGCCGCCUUCUCCUGCCGCGCCUUCCUCCGCGCCGUCCGCUCGGACCCCGCCUUCCGCCGCCGCUUCCGCUCGCUCCGCCCGCCGCCCCUCCUCGCGUUCUUCCUCGAAAUGUACAUGGAUCUGGUCCUGGUCUACCCUUCCCCCUGGCGCCCCUCCGACACGGGCCUCGCCGACGCCUUCCGCGGCGCCGAUUUCUUCAAGACCCGCCGCAUGGGCGGCCUCAAGCACGCCGACGACCCCGGGUGGGAGUUCGACUACAUGUUGGGCGACGAGAUCCAAAUCGCCCACCGGAAGUAGCGAGCCAGCUACAGCCCGCUGAGGCAGGCCCUGUCCCUCUACCCCGACAGGCAAGUUUUGAAGGACAACAGCUUCCUUGAGUUCCACACGCUCUCCUACCAGGAGGAUCAGGGGCUGCAGCGUGUGGUCUGCAACCGCCGUGACCGCUAUUGGGCGCGGGCAAGUGUCGCUCUCUUCUCAUCCAACACCAUGGAGUGGCAAAUUUUCCCUCGGGUGGAAACAAAGGCCCUGGGCCUGGUGCCCAAGAAUGCCAGAAGCUCUAUAAACCCUGGUAAGGUGGUUGAUGGAUUCAUCUACUGGAUAUUUCCGAAGGGUGCCGGUAUGCUCGUGCUCAAUGCGACGACAUCUCAGUUCCACCGAAUGCAUAUGCCGCCGCCCUUGAGUACGGUGCUCUCUACAUUCAAGCUUGGCCAGACCAAGGACGGGAAGCUCUGUAUCGUGCACUUAAAUUUUGAGGGCAUCAAUGACGGGAUGCUUUUUGUUUGGUUGUGGGGAAAAGACAGCGAUGGAGUGGAGAGAUGGAUGUUUGACAAGUCGUUUCCAUUGUGCGCAAUUGUUGAGUUCAUUAAUUGUUCAAUGGUAAUUCAUUCUGAAGUAGGAAUUUUGUCAGUUAUUGAUGGCUUUGUGUACCUGUCGGUUGCUGAAUGUCGGAACCGUAGUAAUUCUCCAGAGUGGUUCCUAUCAUUUUGCCUGGAAACUUCAGAACUGCAUCAGCUCUUUGAGGGCCCAUAUCAGAGUCAUCAUGAUGCCCAUCCCUAUGUCAUGCCGUGGCCUCCUUCUUUGGUAUACAACAAGGAUGAUUCAGAAACUAAAGUUACUAAAAACUGUGUUGCAGAGGAUAGUCCUGUGGGCAAAGAAAAACCUCGUUCUAUCCUUAUCACAGCAUUGCAAUCUUUCAAAGAAGCUUUGAUUGAUGAUGAUGAAGCAAAUACUACCGAGGCAGCAGCCUUUUUCACAAUUGAGGAUGAGAAGAUGUCUCUCGUGAGAAAAAUCACUACUUUGGAUUUACGAUUGACAAAUGCAAGAGAUCAUGUCCUGAGGUUAAGUGCCGACUCUGCUAAAUCCAAUAUACCAUGUCUUGAUGAUGAUUGCCACUUCUGCUUUCUUUCACAAAUUCACAGUUAGAUGAACGAUGAAGUUAGAGCCAGUUGAACUUACAUUUCUGAGAGGAUGCUUAAUAUUUGAAGGCUCGAGUGAGGCUCUGAAUCCUAUAAAAUGGAGCAAUUUAACCUACCAUGGAUAGUGAUUUUCUUAGGGAUGCUGGUGCUUAUGAAUCCACAGCAGAGCUUGUUGAUCUACAACGUGGGAUUGGAUUUGUGGCGGAGACAACUGACAAGUAAAGAGCAGCUGCAUGUUUGCUUCCAGCUCUUUGAGGGUGAGUUAACUUGCCUGUACACCUUAUCUAGGUAGAUGUCAAGGCCUCAUGUUUAUGUGAACAACACUGCUAGUUUUAUGUUGAAUGAUUGCUUUCUCUUUUGUGCAACUACAUUUGAACCAGGAGAUUGUAUCGCUAUGUUGUCCUUUUCAAGUUUCACCUAUAAUAAUUUGCAGCGUAUAUGGGUGUCAAUAUUUCCAACCUUUUGGUGCUAGAGCUAUUGUGUUGCUUAGCUUACCAGGGUGCAGUUUAAAUUGCCAUGGUAACUCUAGAAUUCUUCUUUUGUGAUGAAGUAACUCUAGAGUUCUGAACUCAUUAACAAUAGGACGCGAUUACCUGAGCUUUUCCUGAAUAUUAUGUGUGGGCAUAGUGGCGCAUGUUGAAGUGCCCUCUCUUUUGAUAGAAUAGUGCAUUCUUGUUUUGUCCUAAGUCACAGUUGUUUCAGUCUGACCAAAUGUAUAGAAAAAUUGAACACAUAAAACAUAAACAUUUUGAACACCUAAAACAUAAAAAAAUGACACUUAAUUACUUCUUUUUCAUCUAUAACCUCCUGCAAUUGUCCAAAAACACCCUAGUGUUUGUCCAGAAAAUUCAGAGAAUGUAAGUGCAUGAAUGCGGUAGGGAAAUUGGAUAGACACCUUAUCGUCUUCAUCGACCUGAAUAGUCGUAAACGAACGCCACAAUGGCUUCUGUAUUUCCUCCUGCCAAUACGAGACCAACCUUGCAGCUUAAGCCCAUCCUUUUUAUUCCAACAAUGGUACCGCCACUAAUCGGCAUGUUCUCGAAACCCUGCACAUUAUGAUCAUUUCAAUGAGGAAAACUUUUAGUAACAAUGUAACUCCUCCCAAAUAGCGCAACUAGAACUUUCAAAAACUAUGGGCUUUUAGUUUACCUGCAUCAACUCUUGGCGAUUAUCUUGGAGCUCUUUGUUGUUAACCUGCUCUUUGUUGAGGUCUUGAAAUGAAUCUUUCAUCCUUUUCCAUUCCUCAUCCAGAAUAUUUCUCACAUACGUCAUUACCGCAUAAAGAUGUUGAUGGUCUUCCUCUGGGAGCUUCUCCCCUGCUUGUAGUCUGUUAGCUAUGAAUGUAGCGAUAAUCUAGCUAAAAGUGGGAGUGCCAAUAUUUGUCUAGAGUUCCACUGAAACCAUCUUACACUGACUCUUCCUAAUACUAAUUUAGGGGGAAUACUGCCUGAAUAGCAUCAGGAUUGAAUGAGGGACUAACACUGAAGCUAAUUCUAGCAUUAAAAUGGGAGUACAGAUAGAUGAUCUGAAUUUGACAUUGUUUUAACUCCCACCUACAUGUUUUCGCUUGUGAAGAAGUGCAAGUACUGCUCUCUGAUACUGCCUCUCUAAGCAUAUGUUGUCCAUGAUCAGUAAAAACAGAAUUCAGCAUUCGACACAUAUUCACUUUUUUCAGUGUGCAUUCGGCAUUACCAUCUGUAACUUCUUUUUUUAUAACUGCGGACUUCGGUGUUCAUUUUCGAAAUGACACUCUAAAGUUGAGGUGAAAAUUCAGCAAUCUGAAAACUGAAACUAAACAUGUUACAGAGUUCAGAUAAGAAAUGCAUAACCCUACCUUCUCCAGCUCAUGCAGCGCCAGAUCAUGGUCAGCCAGCUUGCUCUCCACCUGCCAUGUCCAGUGUGUUGACCUCCAAAGUACCCUAAAACAACAAAAGACUAUGUCAAGAUGGCGAAAGCAAACAAACCGGGUCAUACUGCAAGGGGAGGUAGCUUUUUUGGUAAUUAUUUAUUGUUAAGGAGUAUCAAUGUACCAACAAUCUAGCUAAAAAGAACAAACAUUCGUGUGAAUAUGUAGAAUUUCCACUCAAAUCCUCUCAACACCGCAUACUCCCUCAUUCAGGCAGUAGACAAAUAAAAAACACACAAAUCUUCAGUGUUGAGAAGAUUUGAGUUAAAAAUUCUAGCAUCGAAUCUUUUGACAUGAAUUCAA